AUGGAAUUCAAACAGAUUUGUUCGGACCAGGAAUUCCUAGAUUCCCCGACUCUCACUGCUUGUGAAGUAUCGGUGACAGUAAAGCGGUCAUUGACAGUAAAGUGGUCAGUGACAGUCAAGCAGUCAGUGACAGUCAAGCGGUCAGUGACGGCCAAGCGGUCAGUGACAGUAAAGCAGUCAGUGACGGUAAAGCAGUCAGUGAUGGUAAAGCAAACGGUGACAGUAAAGCGGUCAGUGACAGUAAAGGGGCUGGUGGCAGUAAAGCAGUCAGUGACGGUCAAACGGUCAGUGACGGUCAAGCGGUCAGUGACAGUAAAGCAGUCAGUGACGGUAAAGCAAACGGUGACAGUAAAGGGGUCAGUGACAGUAAAGUGGUCAGUGACAGUCAAGCGGUCAUUGACAGUCAAGCGGUCAGUGACGGUCAAGCGGUCAGUGACAGUUGUCCUGGCCAUUGUGGCUUGUGCGACCACAGCCCUCCUGGACACCAUCGCUGCGACCUUGACGGGCACGCACGUCAUCCAGGUGAUGCAGACGCUAUCGCAAUGUCGUUAUUAUUCCACCCGGCGAGUGUGUCACUGCACCUCCCCCUACACCCGCACUAAUCUCAACUUGAGAUAUUCUGAUGAUUCAGCAGAUUUCAUGGCAUACAUAUUUGAGGACGCAAACAGCUGUGAAUCAAUACACAGUACACUGUUACAGCUGGUGUACGGGCUGUGCGCAGCGUACACCGUGGGCGUCUUCAUGUGUGUCGCGGCGGCCAUUUUGUCUGGAUUAGCACUGAGGAUGGAGCGUACUCGGGAAAAAGUCCAAAAGGACACUUAUGAGGAAGUGUACUCUGUUAGUGGAGGUUCAUCUGUAGCCAGUGACAGCGACAAUGAACAGCCUGUCCCCCAGAUGGCGCUGGCACCCCCACCCACUGCUCAGACAAGGACAGUCUUUGAUGAGAGAGACCCGCCAAAUAUUGCAUUAAGACGGAGCCACAGCCUGGUGCAGGAGCGAGAGCCUCAUCUGGAAGAAUCCACGGAUAAUCUCCUAACAGAUACGAGCAUCGAAUCAAGCGCAGCCGCUGCGCGAGUACGUCAGAAGCGCCGUCGCCACAAGCGUGCCAUGACGCUGCAUAACCUUGAUUCAAAGCAGCUGAUGCUGAUCUUGAGUUUGCAGAUGCGUUACUUACAAGAAAGCGAAAACUUACGAGAACAGCAGAUGCAGAACCAGCUACAGGCGCCUAGUGGGCGCCACAGGCCCAAUCCUAGCAGAGGUCAGGUGCCGAAGCCACAGUUCGAGCGCGCACCGUCUGCUCCACCUACUCAAAGCACGCAUCAUGCAGGAAGGAGAACGCCCAAUCCAGAGUUGAACGGGCGCAGAGUUCACUCCCCUUCCAACUAUAAUCCUUCGCUUCCAGUUGAUUCUAACGGACAGAGUUUGCCUAACACACGCUUGGAAGCCGAUGCAAAUGUGGAAGGAAAUAUUCACGAUAUUCCGAGGUAUGUAAGUCUCCCUAAACUUCCCCGCCGAUCUCAAACUCCGCAAGCCACGAGCGCUAACCUUGGACGUUCACAGGUCAUUUCUCCCAGAAUUCCUAGCUCUACAUCAGACCCCAAUAUUAUUCAGCAUCUCAGUCCUGAUUCCUUACCGUCCAAAACAGACAUGCUUGUACAGAGGCAGUUGCAAAAAUCUCCUCCAGGACAGGAUUAUAUUCCUUCACAGAGAAAUCACCAUGGCAACCACUUUGUACCUGGCAGCAGAUUGCAGAUGUUUCAGUCUUAUCCAACUAGAAUUAAGACGUCCGAUGGGAAUUAUGCACAGAUUUCAGCGUAUCAUCGCAGUCGUACGCCGUCAGCUUCUUCCAUGACCUCUAACCAAGGGUCGCGACCUUUACCUCCUGUCAGGUCGGUAAGUUGCGACAACACCUUGCAAAGAUCUCGCGAAAAUUUUCCAAGGGAAGUUCGCCCGAAGCAACCAAGUAACUACGCUGAAGUGACGUAUGCUUCCCGGCCACCAGGUGACGCUGCUGUUGGAACAAGGGGUGAGGAUUUGUACACACGUCCAUCGAAAUCGCCACAAAUUCUACUCAAUGACACUUACGUUGACCUUUACCCUGUGCAGGAAAACAGCCGCAGGUCAGCACAGCGAUCUCUCCCCCAAGCUCCGCCGCCGCCACCGCCACCCCCACCGCCUUACCCUGCCUUUUUUCCGCCUGUCACAGACUUACCCCAGAAUAAUGGGCGCUCAGCAGUGGAAAGACUUGCGCGCGCCAGCCCUAGAGAAGCAGCACAUAGUGAACCCGUAUAUGGGCAGUUGGGCACCCCGAGGCCUCGCACCCCUGGGCGACUGGCCUACCCUCAGGGGGAUCCUCCUCAGGGUUAUGAGUCUGCCGCUCACUCUCGAGAUGGCCGAUCUCCAACGGAAUGCUACUUCUCGGCUCAUCUCUCCCAUGCCUCCAGCUUCCCAGCCCAGCUCUCACAGGCAGUCUAUGAUACUAGUGGUGCUAGACAGCAACAGCAACGGCGACAACAACUCCAGUACGAGAGGGCACGUGAAACCACAGGGGGAGCUGUGUCGCCGUCAAACUCCUUCCGACCCAUUGACAAUUCAGUGCACGAUCGCCAGUCACCACCUGUCCGUGAGCAUCCUGGGCAACAGGGGGCAUUAGUGUUGCAUAAUUCUGACGAAGAUAGCGAUGAAUUCAUGGAAACUGUUAUCUGA